AUGGGUAGGAGAGGAAUUCAGGUUUUUGAUGACAAAAGAGAUGGGCUUUUCUCUGUUUCGAAUUUGGGGUCUCAAUGGGGUGUUCAUCAAGAGGGGUAUUAUUAUCACCCUGGAGGUUUGUUUGCAAGCGUUGGUCAAAUGGGAAUGGGGUUUGGUGUUCAACAACCAAACUCUUCUGGUAACCAAGGCAACGGUGGGGUGAGGAUUCCUUGCACUGAGUUAUACGUGAAGUAUGUGCAAUCAGAGGGGAAAGUGAAGAUUCUUGGGGUUCCUGAUGAGGAGGAGGAGGUGGUGGACGAAGAAGGUGUUAGGAGCAAAAAAAGGGGUGGCCUUAAAAAGCUGAAGAUUAAGGUGAGGAACCCUUCUCUCAGGAGGUUGAUUAGUGGCGCAUUUGCUGGGGCAGUGUCACGUACCACUGUGGCACCCUUGGAGACUAUUAGGACUCAUUUGAUGGUUGGAAGUAGUGGCCAUUCUUCUGGUGAGGUGUUCCACAACAUCAUGAAGACUGAUGGCUGGAAGGGAUUGUUUAGGGGUAAUUUUGUUAAUGUCAUUCGGGUUGCACCUAGCAAGGCUAUUGAGCUAUUUGCUUAUGAUACAGUUAACAAGAACCUUUCACCAAAGCCUGGGGAACAUCCCAAACUCCCUUUUCCUCCAUCAUUGAUUGCAGGUGCUUGUGCUGGAGUUAGUUCAACUAUAUGCACAUAUCCUCUAGAGUUAGUCAAGACUCGAUUAACUAUCCAGAGAGAUGUUUAUAAUGGUCUACUGGAUGCAUUCAUGAAAAUAAUUCGAGAAGAGGGUGCUGCAGAACUUUAUAGAGGCCUCGCUCCCAGUCUUAUUGGAGUUAUUCCAUAUUCUGCGACCAAUUACUUUGCCUAUGACACUUUAAGGAAAGCAUACAAAAAAGUUUUUAAACAAGAGAAGAUUGGCAACAUUGAAACCCUUUUGAUAGGAUCAGCAGCUGGUGCUAUUUCAAGUAGUGCUACUUUCCCACUUGAAGUAGCUCGCAAGCAAAUGCAAGUGGGAGCACUCAGUGGAAGGCAAGUUUACAAAAAUGUUAUUCAUGCCCUUGCAAGCAUACUUGAACAAGAAGGGAUUCAGGGUUUGUAUAAAGGGCUAGGACCUAGCUGCAUGAAGUUGGUACCAGCUGCAGGAAUCUCUUUCAUGUGCUAUGAAGCGUGCAAGAGGAUUCUGGUGGAGAAUGAUGAUGAGGAAUAG